GACUAUGCUAGGCUCCACGUGUUUGCCCUGCCUUUCAGGCGGUGCAAACGAUACAUCAAAUGUAUAGCCUGCUCUCGUGUGACUGCCGGGACGAACCUUAUAAGUCGACCGUGUUUGCCACUUCUCCGUCAUUCUUGAAAACCCAUUGGCCGUCGUCGCCAUAUAGAAGGUCUCCCAUUUUCGUGAUAUGCGAGUAUACCGAGACACUCAUUUGUAUGACACUGAUUCCGCAGACGUAAUAGACGCCACUUGACAGCAAAGGAAUCAGCGCAAGAACCUGCAAGCUCGCCGAAGGAGCAACUCAUCCUCCGAGUCACCAUUCGAAGACAUUGCCCUCACCCACAGGACAACCCAGCAACUUCGCACCGCACACACCUCUAAAAACACACACCUGGCACCUUACAGAAGCGAAAAUGCAUCACCUCAACUUCCGCUCCCUCCUCACGACCGCGGGUCUCCUCGCCGCCGUAAUCAUAGUAGCACCCCUUGGGGUCUCGGCCCUGCCGACCACACCAUCAUCCAGCAGCAGGACAAGGACAGUCGAGAUAAUCCUACCCAAGAACUGCGGCCCGGUGCAGGCCCCAGCUGCUCCCAUCCAAUCAUCAACAACGCCGACAGCACCUCCAGCCGUUUCCACCAAUAACAAUAACAACAGCAGCAGUAACGACGACGACAACGACAACCUCGACCUCCCACCCGGAAGCUCAAUCCCACCAGACCCCUUCUUCCCGCCCGCCGCGCCAGAGCCGUGCCCAGACGUCGGCGGGCAGCUGUGCAUGUGGUUCUACCCGGCGGGCCCGUCGCGGAUGGAGUGCCGCGCCGACGGGGCGUAUCAUCUGCUCGGAACGUGCUCGAUUGGGAAUGUCUGCCAGAUGGAUGCCACUGGCAAGGCCGUCUGCGUGCCACAGACUUUGAAGGCGGUCUGAGCAUGAUUGGGACUUUUGGUAUCGUACAGACCUGCUUGUCGUGACGAGAGUUGUGGAGUUCUGGGGCCAGGUAGUGCAGUCAUGUGCGAGAUUGCAGUCAUCUCUCAAGCCAGUGAGGGCGCUGCCAGCGGUUGGAACGCAGAUGCCUCUGUCAUG